ACCACUACACUCCAGCCUGGGAGACAGAGCGAGACCCUGUCUCUAAAAAACAAACAAACAAAAACAACAACAAACCCAGCGAGGGGGGAGAAGUUGGCUCUAGAAGACCUCUUGGAGCUUCGUCUCCUCAUCUGUAACAUGGUGAUACUGAUGCCUCCCAUUCUGCAUCCCCCAGAGGUGGCAUGAGUAUACAUCAUAAAAUGUAACACUAGCGCACAGUACACAAUUAAUGCUAAUUGCCUUCUUUUCUGUAAAAGCAUCUAAACCUAUUUGCCCCCUUUAUUUCCUUAUUUAUUACAACUGUGGUUUGUGGCUCCAGCCAGGCAACCUGUCUUCACGUGGGCUUUGCCCAGUCCUUCUCACUGCACGUGGCAGGCUCUCCCACCAUCUGGGAUGUCCUGCCUCCUGUGUUACAGAUCACUGUGGUCCUUGGGUCACUGCCACAGAAUCACCUGAGAGCUGAUCCCCUGGGGUCUACACAUUGAAUCAGACUCUCUAAGAGUAGUCUGGGGAAGGGUCCUGGAGACCUGCAUUUGUAAUGAUUACUCCAGAUGAUGAGCAUGCCUAUUAAAGUUUGAGACCACUGUUUUAAUUUAUGUCUUUACCAUUUCUUCUAGGAAGUCUGCCCGGAUUUCUCCCCCAAGAAGCACUCUGAUACUCAGCGUGCUCCUUACCUGUGUCCAACAUUCUGAGUGUCCAAGGGUCAGAUUCACCUUGGGUUCUCCUGGGUGUGCACUCUCCCACUGGACUCAGGAACCCCCAGGAACAGAUGCCCAGCUCUCUUUCCUCUUGUCACCCUCAGCACAGAUGGCUCUGGUUCCUCCUAGUGUAGUAGGUUCUACUGGGAUGCUGUAGGAAGUGAGACACUUUAGUUUCAAAGUUCUUAGAAUCCUGUUCUGUUUACUUCUGCAGAUACUUGGGAGAACCUAGGUUCUCUGUCCUCCUACCAUUCUAUUCUGACUUUCCUAGAUGGUAUGGAAAUUGCAUUACUGUGUCACAUCAGCCUUUGCUUUUCCAAUCCCAUCUUACCCAGGAUGCACUAGGUGUGGGCGGGCUCCCACCACACCCUGACAAGUGACCAUGGAUCCUGGAGCCGGGCCAGAGUCAUCUCUGACUGUCAAUGAGCAGGUCAUCGUGAUGUCAGGCCACGAGACCAUCCGAGUGCUGGAAGUCGGAGUGGAUGCCCAGCUCCCCACUGAGGAGGAGGGCAAAGGACUGGAGGGUGUGACCACUGAGGGCGCCCAGAGUGGAGGCCCCACUGAAGCCAGCGAAACUGCCGGUGAAGCUGGGCCGGACAACCCAGACUCCUCUGCGGAGGCAACUGUGAAGUCACUCCCGGGGAUCCCUCCGAGCCCGGCCCCCACCAUUGCCACCUUCAGCCAAGCCCCAAGCCAGCCUCAGGCAUCGCAGACCCUGACACCACUGGCUGUGCAAGCUGCCCCCCAGGUCUUGACUCAGGAAAACUUAGCCACAGUUCUGACAGGAGUUAUGGUUCCAGCAGGGGCAGUUACUCAACCUCUUCUUAUCCCCAUCAGUAUUGCAGGUCAAGUGGCUGGUCAGCAGGGGCUGGCCGUGUGGACAAUUCCUACAGCAACCGUGGCUGCCCUCCCAGGACUGACCGCUGCUUCUCCUACGGGGGGAAUUUUCAAGCCACCUUUAGCCGGUCUCCAAGCUGCCGUGCUGAACACCGCUCUCCCGGCACCCGUACAAGCUGCCCCACCAGUACAGGCCUCCUCGCCGGCCCAAUCCCGGCCACCAGGCCAGCCCCAGACGCUGUUCCAGACCCAGCCGCUGCUGCAGACCACACCUGCCAUCCUACCGCAGCCCACUGCUGCCACCGCCGCUGCCCCCACCCCCAAGCCAGUGGACACCCCCCCACAGAUCACCGUCCAGCCUGCAGGCUUCGCGUUUAGCCCAGGAAUCAUCAGUGCUGCUUCCCUCGGGGGACAGACCCAGAUCCUGGGCUCCCUCACUACAACUCCAGUCAUUACCAACGCCAUUCCCAGCAUGCCAGGGCUCAGCAGCCAGAUCCUCACCAAUGCUCAGGGACAGGUUAUUGGAACACUCCCGUGGGUAGUGAACUCAGCUAGUGUGGCGGCCCCAGCACCAGCCCAAAGCCUGCAGGUCCAGGCUGUGACCCCCCAACUGUUGUUGAACGCCCAGGGCCAGGUGAUUGCGACCCUGGCCAGCAGCCCCCUGCCUCCACCCGUGGCUAUCCGGAAGCCAAGCACGCCUGAGUCCCCUGCUAAGAGUGAGGUGCAGCCCAUCCAGCCCACAUCAGCAGUGCCCCAGCCUGCUGUGGUCAUUGCCAGCCCAGCUCCGGCAGCCAAGCCAUCUGCCUCUGCUCCCAUCCCAAUCACCUGCUCAGAGACCCCCACUGUCAGCCAGUUGGUGUCCAAGCCACAUACUCCAAGUCUGGAUGAGGAUGGGAUCAACUUAGAAGAGAUCCGAGAGUUUGCCAAGAACUUUAAGAUCCGGCGGCUCUCCCUGGGCCUUACACAGACCCAGGUGGGUCAGGCUCUGACUGCGACAGAAGGUCCAGCCUACAGCCAGUCAGCCAUCUGCCGGUUUGAGAAGCUGGACAUCACACCCAAGAGUGCCCAGAAGCUGAAGCCGGUGCUGGAGAAGUGGUUGAAUGAGGCCGAACUCCGGAACCAGGAAGGCCAGCAAAACCUGAUGGAGUUUGUGGGAGGUGAGCCCUCCAAGAAACGCAAACGCCGCACCUCCUUCACCCCCCAGGCCAUAGAGGCUCUCAAUGCCUACUUUGAGAAGAACCCACUGCCCACGGGCCAGGAGAUCACUGAGAUUGCUAAGGAGCUCAACUAUGACCGCGAGGUCGUGCGGGUCUGGUUCUGCAAUCGGCGCCAGACGCUCAAGAACACCAGCAAGCUGAACGUCUUUCAGAUCCCUUAGGGCUCAGCCCCCAGCCCUGUGUCCCAGCACUUUGUAUUUUCCCCUUGGCUCCCGGCUGCAGCCACUGCCAUGACAACACGUGCAGCCGUGCAGCCGUGCUUGCCCUAGGUCAUGAGACUCCACUGUGUGCAUGUGCGUCGAUGCCUCCCUCUUCUCCCCCACAUAUCUCACACCAUGGGGAGGCCUGAGGAGCCCCCGUGAGAGCUCCAGGCUCUAGGCUGGCCAUGCUGAAGAAGGAUUUGUGAUAUCACUUAGAGAAGCACUUUGCUAACAUGGUUUCUGAAGGGUGAAUUCUGGUUGGGAACCAGAAAGUCCUGGGCUUUGGGAUAGGGCUGUAGCAGCUCCUAAGGCCAUUAGCUCUUGCUUUUGAUGGCAUUCCCUUUCCACCCCCUGUUCUCCUUUGUUCCUCUGUGUUAGUGUGGCAGGUAUGAUACUUCAUCCAGUGGAGCCACAACCCCCUGCAGCCCCCCCCCUUUGCCUGCGGGCACAUUGUUCUCCUGAAAGGACCCAGGAGAUAAAAUUCAGAAAAGUGUGCUGUGCUGCUUACAAGGUCAGACUCGAUGUCUGCCUUGACCUCAAGGUCGGAAGGGUCCCCUAGCCCUGGGGCCAGAACAUGUAGUCUUCUCUCCCACCUCUCCCUGGUUCCUUUGAGGGAACAGUUGCACUAAAAUAGAACCUGUUCUUUUGUAAUCCAUGUUGGAAGGAAGCAAGAGUGAACUGUACCUGUCCUGGGCUUGUCCUGGGUCUGCUGCAGGUUAGGAAUUUAAAAAAUAAGGCAAUUUUCCCUGAUUUUAAUCUAAUCUAUGUCCAUAGCCAUCCCUCCCACAAAAACAGUAUGGGUUAAGGGAAUUUGCAGCCUGAAAAAUCCCACUACAAGUAGGCAGCUCUGGAGAAAAUUAAGGAAAGGAAUGCUAACUUUCACUUUCUCUUGUCCCCAGAACCACCCCCAACCCAGUACUGAGGCCUUCUCAAAACAAGCAAAUUAAACAAUAAACCAGACAGCAAGGCCCUGGGGGAAAGGACAACAUCCUUGAGAGAGCUGAUGACAGCCCAGAACGGUCUCUUGUGGAAGCUGA